UAUCGUUAACCUCGAAAAAAAAGUCACCUAAAUAAACAAUGAUGGUACCUCGAUGUAAACGAAACCUUCGUUUUGGAUUUUUUGACCUUAUUUUGCCGAUUCCCGUUAAUCAGUCAAAUACCUCAACAAAACCACACAGAAAUCGGGCCGUAUAUAAGAAGUACAAACAGGUUUUGCUAGUUCAUUCUCGAUUAGUUACUGAAUAAAGACGUUUUAACACAAGAAAAAUGUAUCUCUUAUUGGUGGUUAUUUUGAUCCAUUCAGGGUAUUCCCAGAAGAAUUUUAUAUCCCCCGUUUACGAGUUGGGAUCUUACAUUCCCCCGGUUCCAUCAAGUGGCGAAAUAGAAGGAGCUAAACCAUCAUUUAUCCCUCAAAUUGAAGUUGAUACUCGUAUCGAUGAAGAAAACGAGAAACCCCUGGUCCCUCCUUCAUUCGUUUUGGGGUCAAACACCCCGAUUUCAAGUAUUCAACCUUGGAAACCAAGUCAAAUAAUUCCACCGAGUCGCCCAGGGUCAAGUUCGAGCGUUAAUAAGCCAUUAGGAGCUGGUUCUACCUCACCAGAGAUUAACAACAAUAACUCGAUUGACAAAGAAACGCUUAAUAUCGAAUAUAAACCAUCAAGACCUUCGUUUCAUCCAAACCCGGGGAAUAAUAUCGCUCAAAUAAUUCCGAGUGGUGGCUCGAAACCUUCUAAGGUUGAUAUAAAUGAUCGGAUUCAAGAUGAAAAUGAUUAUGCUAAUUAUGCGGAUAAAUAUCCUUAUUAUGUUGUGGGGUCGCAAAAACCCACUCAAAAGCCGAUUGUUUUGGAUUAUAAACCAACGAGACCAUUUUACGCAGGAUCCCCAAAGAAUUAAUAACCUAUUUAUAUUAUUUUAAUUAUUAUUGCGUUUAUAUUAUUUUAAUAAAGUGAAUAAGAAUUUAGA